CGGCUCCUCGCCUGGACCGAGGGUAUCCGCCAGGGACGCCGACAGUCGGCGCAAACCCCCUCUCAGGGGUCGAAGCCCGCACAGCACCGUACCUGAAGGGGCAGCGCCACCUCCGCCGGAUCGCGCAGGCUUCCCCACCGGCGGCAGUCGCAGCUCGGACGCCAAUGACGCCUCUUAUAAAAACAACAACCUGCUCGCAGGCGUCCGCAGCCGGUAGGCAGUGGUCGGUUGGGCGCCGCAGUGCAUGCCGGGAUGCGUAGUCCGGCUCGCGCCUCCCGCCGGGCAGCGCUGAGGAUAAGGACUACGACUCACGAAAAGGAGCGCAGGCCGCCGCCGGGCGGCUGCGGGAAGCGCAGCCAGGCAGCCUCGGAUCCCCACAACAUCCGGGAGCCGGUGACCGCGGCCAGUUGCUAUGGAUACGAGUUGCAACCUCCAGAAAGGAUUCGUGGUUUCACCGGGGAAAACGGCUCUCCGUAUUAAACGGAUAGGUUUACACAUCCUGAUCCACCCAGCUAUUCAUCUUCUAUUUGCUGCUUUCAUUGGGUGCAGUUAAAAGACCACGUCCCUGGGCGUUCACCGGCUUUUUUUUGCCGUCUGCUGCAUGAAAACUGUUUUUUGCCGAAAACAUUAACAAAGAAGAUAGCGAAAAUGACAGACCACGACUGGGAUAAGAAAAGUACUUCACAUUCAAAUUCAGACACAGAAAUGAAAUCUGAACAACUGCCUCCUUGUGUGAACCCUGGCAAUCCUGUGUUUUCAUGUAUGUUGGAUCCAAAGACACUCCAGACAGCCACCUCACUAUCAAAACCUCAGAUGAUUAUGUACAAAACCAAUUCAAGUCAUUAUGGUGAAUUUCUACCUAUCCCACAGUUUUUCCCCUGCAAUUAUACUCCAAAGGAGCAAGUAUUUUCAAGCUGUAUCAGAGCAACUGGAUUUUAUCAAAAUAACACUCUAAAUACUGCACCUGACAGAACCAGAACCCUUGAUUUUCCUAAUUUUCAACACACUCUAUGAAAAUAUAUUCCUUUGUAUAUUUAAGAGAAAAUAUACUCAGGAAAAAUGAGUUUUAAAUCUAAGGGUAGAAUACCUAAUUAAGAAGAUAAAAAGUUUUUAAUCAUUUUAAAAAAUAAGUUAAAUAAAGUAUUUCAACUGAUA